GCCUGGGAGCGCGCGAGGCCUCACGUCUGCGCGCCCACGCACCCGCCCGCACUCCCGGGAAGUCUCGCGAUGCCAUAGCCGUCUGCUCCCGCUGCGAGUGGCUCUGGCUGUUGCUGUGGUUGCCCGAGUUGGUGCUGCUGCUGGUGCGGCGGCGGUGGUGCUGGUGGAGGUGUCGGCCCUUGGGCGGAUGUUGACAUUGUGUUGUUGUUACUGCUGACGGUAAUGGCGGCGUCGGCGAGGGCCGAGAUCCCGUCUCCUCUGUAGCCUGUGUUGAGACAGUCAAGAGCCAACUCCGGGGCCUCUGAGCCCGCGGCAGCGACUCCGUUCAGCCUCCGCUGCCUCGUCGCCCAUCUCCCGGCCGCAGUCCCUGGAGCCAGGGCCCUUUGGGCAGGGGUCUCGGAGGUUCAGGAUGGCGGAUUUCGACGAGAUCUAUGAGGAGGAGGAGGACGAGGAGCGGGCCCUGGAGGAGCAGUUGCUCAAGUACUCGCCGGACCCGGUGGUGGUCCGCGGCUCCGGGCAUGUCACCGUAUUUGGACUAAGCAACAAGUUUGAAUCAGAAUUCCCUUCUUCAUUAACUGGAAAAGUAGCUCCUGAAGAAUUUAAAGCCAGCAUCAACAGAGUUAACAGUUGUCUUAAGAAGAACCUUCCUGUUAAUGUACGUUGGCUCCUUUGUGGCUGCCUUUGUUGCUGCUGCACAUUAGGUUGCAGUAUGUGGCCAGUUAUUUGUCUCAGUAAAAGAACACGAAGAUCGAUUGAGAAGUUAUUAGAAUGGGAAAACAAUAGGUUAUACCACAAGCUGUGCUUGCACUGGAGACUGAGCAAAAGGAAAUGUGAAACGAAUAACAUGAUGGAAUAUGUCAUCCUGAUAGAAUUUUUACCAAAGACACCGAUUUUUCGACCAGAUUAGCAUUUACUUUAUUUAUAGAGACUUUCCAAGUAUGUUGUCUUUCCAAUGGUGCCUUGCUUGGUGCUCUUCUGGUGGUGACAUAACAUUGGUUCUACAGAAUCGUGUGGUGUUUUUUUCUGUUUUUUUUUUUUUUAAAUAACCGCAUGUUCUAAGUGUGCAUUUUUGUCAAACUUUGCAACAGUUAUUUCAUACAGAUGUUUAAUACUUAAGUUAUUGUGCUCUUUUCUGUUAUGUAUUCUGAUUUUCAAGGAUUACUUUUUUGUAUUAUCAAACAAAAUACAUUUGAACUUAGCAUAAAAA